CAGCUGCUUAGAUAUAUAUUUUUCCCCUUUUUUUUUUUUUUUUUUUUUUUUUUUUUUUCCCUCCUCUGAAGGGUGUUUGCUAUUUCCGAGCUGGCUGGGAGGAUCCCAGUCGCAGCAGCCGCAGGCACCAGCGCGGCAUCACCGGGUACCGCCGCGGUCUCCCCGGCAUCUUCUGCCCUCCCCGCUUCGCUUGGCCCCCCCGGGGCUGCCUGCCCUGCCUUGCCCCGCUGCCCACCCAGCACCCCACCGCACCCCGGCAGCCCCCCAGGAGCUCAGCCCCUCCGGCCAUGGAGCUGCUUUCCACCCCCAAAAAUAUCGAGAUCAACAACAUCACCUGCGAUUCUUUCCGCAUCUCUUGGGCCAUGGAGAAAGGGGACCUGGAGAGGGUCACCCACUACUUCAUCGACCUCAACAAGAAGGAGAACAAGAACUCCAACAAGUUCAAGCAUCGGGAUGUCCCCACCAAACUGGUGGCCAAGGCGGUGCCGCUGCCCAUGACGGUGCGGGGUCACUGGUUCCUGAGCCCCCGCACCGAGUACAGCGUGGCGGUGCAGACAGCGGUGAAGCAAAGCGACGGCGAGUACCUGGUGUCCGGCUGGAGCGAAACGGUGGAGUUUUGCACCGGGGAUUACGCCAAAGAGCACCUGGCCCAGCUGCAGGAGAAAGCCGAGCUGAUCGCCGGCCGCAUGCUGCGCUUCUCCGUCUUCUACCGCAACCAGCACAAGGAGUAUUUCCAGCACGUCAGGAUGCACUGCGGGAACGUGAUGAAACCCUCGCUGAAGGACAACAGCGGCAGCCACGGCUCGCCCACCAGCGGCAUGCUGCACGGCAUCUUCUUCAGCUGCAACACCGAAUUCAACACCGGGCAGCCCCCCCAGGACUCGCCCUACGGCCGUUACCGUUUCCAGAUCCCGGCUCAACGGCUCUUCAACCCCAACACCAACCUCUACUUCGCGGACUUCUACUGCAUGUACACUGCCUACCACUACGUCGUCCUGGUGCUGGCACCCAAGGGUUCCUCGGGGGAUCUCUUCUGCCGGGAGCGUCUACCCCAGCUGGACAUUUCCUCCAACAAGUUCCUGACGUGCUGCGUGGAGGAGGGCGAGCUGGUGUACCGCCAUGCCCAGGACAGCAUCCUGGAGGUCAUAUACACCGAGCCGGUGGACCUCAGCCUCGGCGUGCUGGGGGAGAUCAGCGGGCACCAGCUGAUGAGCCUCUCCACCGCCAACGCCAAAAAGGACCCCAGCUGCAAGACGUGCAACAUCAGCGUGGGGCGUUAAGGGUGGGACGCGGGCAGGGCCGGGGAGGGGGACGGGUGCCCGCCGUGGGGGCUUCUCCCACGGACGCUGCUGGGUGGAGGAGCCGGAUGGGUGCGGGGGAGCCGGCCGGUGUAAAUAGCGGCGUUGCCCGUGCCCACUCGGGGAAGGAGCCGGCGGGGUGCUCGCCCAGCGUGGAGGCAGAGCCCGUGCCGCUCUGCGCCUCGUGGGAGGAAGGCUUCAUCUCCUGGACUGGCCGACCAGCAUCAUCCUCGCUGGCGUGAGCCCCACGCUCUGCCCUCCGCCGUGAAGCCGCUGCGGGACCCCCUUCCCCUCCGGUGUACCCCGCAUCCCCCCGACCCCCUGCUCUGGGGCUCCCCCGCCUCGCCGGCGGCACAGCUCCCCGGGGAGCCCCGGCCCUGCCAAACCGGGGCUGGGGCUCCUCGGCCACCCCGGGGGGGUUCGGUGGAGAGGCUGGAAGCACACACACACACCCCCCCCCCGCCUAGGUUUUUUGAACUGCUCCCCGGGAUUAGAGGGGUGCUCGGAUAGGGACCCCCCACUCCUGCCGGCGCCGCUUCAGGGCUGCAGUCGUGGUGCGCCUGUCUGCAGUGGUGUGUGUGGGGGGGGGGGGGGGCGGAGAACGUGGCUGCGUGUGUGUCCCCCCCCUCCACCCCCCCCUCCGUGUCGUGCAGCGCUGUGCCGUGUUCGCUCUCUGCUCUAGCCGUCGCUGUGCCGUCCAAAUCCCCGGCCCCACGGCCCAGGAGGCAGCUGGAGGAGCUGGGGUGGGGAGAACAGAGCUGACACACCCCCCCCCCCCCCCUCCCCAUACACACCUUGUUCCCCCCCUCCCUCUCCCCCCAAAUUUCCGCUGCCCCCCCGCAUGAGCCGUCGGCAGCAUGGCGCUUGCGUGCCGGCCCCCGCGGGCUGCCCGCUCCCCGUCUCUGUGUAUCCGAUGCACGCUGUAACGGUAGAAGAGAACAACACCCCCCCGCCUCCUUUCACCCCCUUUCCCCUCCGCACCCUCCCCCCCCCCCCCUCCUCCCAGCCCCCCCAUCCCCGAGCAUCCCUGUGCUGUGCUGGCGGUGUAUCAAUAAAACUGUGUGCGGUCGCCA